GCCUCCGGCUCUCUCCCAUGCGUCCGUUUUCUGAUCGACCGAGGAGCCGACGUGAACAAGGUUGAUGGAAGCAGCUGGUCUCCGCUUCAUUCUGCAGUCAGUGCCGGCCAUGAAGAUGUCGUACGGGAGCUCGUGGGUGCGGGUGCAGACGUUCGGCGAGGCAACGACAAAGGUGUUACUCCGUUGUAA